UACGCCCAGUAUGGGACCUUCGGAGUUGGCCUGUUCUCUGUGGACCCUGACGAUGAUGGAUACCCACUGACCGUUGGAGAUUACGCCGGAAACGCAGGUACAAGCUUAUAUCUGACUGACCAGUUGUUAAUCAAUAAAGUAUCUACCUAAUGAACUCUCAUCUUCAAUGAACAUUUUACAUUGAAGUUUGAUUCAAAUUAUAGAUUGGGUUGUUAUAGACCCAGACAUCGAGGUCGCCCAAAGCAGAGUUAAGCUGCACUUAAACACAAAUGUAGAUGCCCCAGAUUUCCUCCUAAAAUACUUAUAACUCAACAAUGCAUUGACUCUAUCUAUAGUAAAAUCUGCUGUGUCAUCUGCAGUAGUUUAUUGUUAAGUGCUGAGGGAAUGAGGUAUGGAAGUGUUUGGUUUGGUCCCCACAGCGUGGACAGACAGGGACAGAGAAACAGGGACAAACUAUAUGUGUCUGUGUGUAUCUGUUCCCCAAACAUCACAUCUCAGCCGCAGUCCCGUCACCGUCAAUAAAUUACUACACAAUUAAUUACUGUGGUUGACCAGCAGCAUAAACAAAACAUUGCCAGAUGCCUGUCACAACAAAUCAUCAAUUUAAAGAACCUUUGGGGAGUGGAGUACUGAGAACUCAGCACAGCUCACAGAGAUAGAAGAGGGACAGAUGAGAGAGAGAUGCAAGGAUAGGAAGAGGGGCUAGAGAGGAGAGGAGGAGGGAGAAGAGAGAGGGGUGUAAAGGAGGUCACAAGCAGGUUUUGCAAAAAGAGAGUGUUAUUUAAAUGGCUUGUACACACAAAAGAAUGAUGAUUCUAAAUAGUACCAGAUAGGGGUUAUUUGGAUUGUAACCAUAACAUAACAAUUUUUUAUGCUAUAUAGAACCUUUCUUUGAUACUCUGUAAAUAACCAUUAUAAAAGGUUAUAUAUAGAGCCUCUAUCAAUAAUGGUUCUAUAAAGAACCUUUCUCAAUCUGAAAGGUUCUUUGUAGAUCCUUUUGAAGAACCAUACAGGAUUUUUAUUCUGGUCAGCCAUAUUGUUAAAAUACCAUAUGUGUUAUUAUUGUAUUGACAAGUUGAAUCAAUUAAGCUACCUUUGGAACAGCUGGGGGUCGCUGAAGAGAGAAUUGAGAACCACUGACUGAUUUAGUCAACCGUUUUCAAUUGACACAAGGCCAUGCGUGAGUCUUUCACAAGACACUAUCACUGGCCAUAGCCAGAUAUAAUAUGUGAUGGCAUAACACAACAUAUUAGAUAAACUGGACAUUUAAAUUAUCACUAAAAGCGCAAUGAACCAUUUGUGACUCGUUUCAGGAAACUAGGUGUAUGUCGCGGGUCACUACAUCACAGGAGAGCCAUUUGAAUGUAUACUUUUUUUUUUAUACAAAUGUGUGUUUUUGGCAGAAAUGCCUUCUGGAACAUGUGAACUUUCAUGUGCCUUAAUAACAAAUGUGUAUGCCAUCUGUAAAUAUGAAUAUUUUGUUUAAUUACGAGCCUAGUUGGUUUAGCCACAAAAAAAAAGACAGCAACCUUCCCACUAGCCAUGAUUGGCUGAGAUAAUGAGUAGGCUGGACAUGCCGAGAAAUGAGUUCGGAUUGGUCUGCCAUAUAGCAUGCUUCGGUCGAUUUGAGCUGGUCAGUAUUUGUAGGUAAUUCUGUCUAACGUGGAUUUAUUUUUAAAUGUAUCGCGUAGUUAAACUGCAUAAGUGUUGCUCUCCACUUUCUGGAGGACUGAGUUUUGAAAUCAGUGGAAUUAGAGUAUGAUAGCUAAGGAGAUGGUGAAAACACCUGUCUCCGGAUUACAUCUUCAAACUAAGGGAGACGCGUCCAUCCAUGAUGUAUACGGGUAAGAUAGUCUAGCUAGCUACAUUUUCAGAUAUUACACGUUUCUAAUUUUGACAGAAAGUGGUUUCAUUUCAGGUUAAAGUGUACCAUAAAGUAUGUGGUUAAUUAUUUACCUAGCUAGCUAGCUACGUGUCUUAACAAAAGACUCCAUUAUGCAAGUAACCAUUUUGGGUGCGUUCGUAAAUUCAGCCUGAGUAUGCCAGAGCGCAGAAUAACUGAUGAAUUUACGAAUGCUCAACACCCGUUGAAUGUGGCUGGUGUCAGUAAACGUCACAAAAAAACGUAAUUCAAGUGUUGCCAGCAGCACAGUUACAGUCACCAAUUCUCUGGAUAACAUGAAAACAGCCUAACCAGCUUUGCCUAUGGCGAGUAAAAUGGUCAUUGGGAUGUUCUCUCAUUUGUGUCUUGAAGUAGCUAGCAAGCUAGCCAAUGUUAGCCAGUUAGCUUGGGUGCUUGACUGCCGUUGUGAGGUCAGAACGCUCGGAUCAACUCUACUCGUCGGCCAGAGCAUCCAGUGUGCGCUCUGAACGUUCUGAGAGCGAAACGAGAUGGGUGGGGCUAAAGCUUAAGAGGGUAUGAAUGAUGCUGAAUGGGUGCAGACAAAGAAGAGCUCUCCAGUAGGUAACAAAACAUUCAAAGGCCAUUUUCUCAAAAGUGAGAUUACAAGUUUAUCAACUUUCAACGCAGAAUUACUUUUCCAUUGUUCCUCAAAUGCAGUGUAUGAUAUACCAUUUUGUAGCUCUGUGUCUCUGCUUUUGUCCAAUGUAAAAAACACAAUUUCAAAUUUUGCUACAUAAGACCGAAUCAAGGUGGUCGGUCACAUUUUGUGAACUGUAAAGAACCAUUGAAGAGCUCAAAGGGUUAUUUGAGUCAUUAUGAUUCCACAUAGAACAUCACCCUUCCUAAAGAACCCUUGGGGAACACUAAUGUUUUAGUGUGUAAAGCUUGUAUCCACUCUUCCUACUGCAAUGCCACUAACCUUCAACUGACAGCGUGCCUGUUGGACAUUUGAAUCCCACUGCAGCUUGCAAGCCUCCCCCUCAUACCACCCCCCAUUAGUAACACUAUUGUUGUUGUUAUCACACACACACACACAUUUUCUCUGAUCUGAGGGGUAUCCUACGAAGCAGGUUUGAGGAGUUACAGUGCCUUGCAAAAGUAUUCAUCCCCCUUGGCAUUUUUCCUAUUUUGCUGCAUUACAACCUGUAAUUUAAAUAGAUUUUUAUUUGGAUUUCAUGUAAUGGACAUACACAAAAUAGUCCAACUUGGUAAAGUGAAAUGAAAAAAAUAACUUGUUUCAAAGAAUUCUUAAAAAUUUAAAACGGAAAAGUGUUGUGUGCAUAUGUAUUCAGCCCCUUUGCUAUGAAGCCCCUAAAUACGAUCUGGUGCAACCAAUUACGUUCAGAAGUCACAUAAUUAGUUAAAUAAUGUCCACCUGUGUGCAAUCUAAGUGUCACAAGAUCUGUCACAUGAUCUCAGUAUAUAUACACCUGAGUCUGCAACACCACUAAGCAAGGGGCACCACCAAGCGAGUGGCACCAUGAAGACCAAGGAGCUCUUCAAACAGGUCAGGGACAAAGUUGUGGAGAAGUACAGAUCAGGGUUGGGUUAUAAAAAAAUAUCCGAAACUUUGAACAUCCCACGGAGCACCAUUAAAUCCAUUAUUAAAAAAUGGAAAGAAUAUGGCAACACAACAAACCUGCCAAGAGAGGGCCGCCCACCAAAACUCACAGACCAGGCAAUGAGGGCAUUAAUCAGAGAGGCAACAAAGAGACCAAAGAUAACCCUGAAGGAGCUGCAAAGCUCCACAGCAGAGAUUGGAGUGUCUGUCCGCAGGACCACUUUAAGCCAUACACUCCACAGUGCUGGGCUUUACGGAAGAGUGGCCAAAAAAAAGCCAAAAAAUAAGCAAACACGUUUGGUGUUUGCCAAAAGGCAUGUGGGAUAAGGUACUCUGGUCAGAUGAGACUAAAAUUUAGCUUUUUGGCCAUCAAGGAAAAUGCUAUAUCUGGCACAAACCCAACACCUCUCAUCACCCCGAGAACACCAUCCAUUUUUCAUCGGCAGGGACUGGGAAACUGGUCAGAAUUGAAGAAAUGAUGGAUGGCGCUAAAAACAGGAAAAUCUUGAGGGAAACCUGUUUCAGUCUUCCAGAGAUUUGAGACUGGGACGGAGGUUCACCUUUCAGCAGGACAAUGACAUAGCAUACUGCUAAAGCAACACUCAAGUGGUUUAAGGGGAAACAUUUAAAUGUCUUGGAAUGGCCUAGUCAAAGCCCAGACCUCAAUCCAAUUGAGAAUUUGUGGUAUAACUUAAAGACUGCUGUACACCAGCGGAACCCAUCCAACUUGAAAGAGCUGGAGCAGUUUUGCCUUGAAGAAUGGGCAACAAUCCCAGUGGCUAGAUGUGCCAAGCUUAUAGAGACAAACCCCAAGAGAUUUGCAGCUGUAAUUGCUGCAAAAGGUGGCUCUACGAAGUAUUGACUUUGGGGGGAGGAGGGUGAAUAGUUAUGCACGCUAAAGUUUUCUGUUUUUUUGUCUUCAAAGUAGUAGGCAUGUUGUGUAAAUCAAAUGAUACAAACCCCCCAAAAAAUCAAUUUUAAUUCCAGGUUGUAAAGCAACAAAAUAGGAAAAAUGCCAAGUGGGGUGAAUACUUUCGCAAGCUACUGUAGUUAACUCUGAGUUCAACUCAUGAUAUUCGGUCAUACGAAGUGGCUCGGCCUUUUAGCCAGGUACAUUUCUUUGGCAACGAAUCCUUCAGAACUAACUUUCUCCGGUGCAGGCUAACUCACGGCUAACUCCACUUACCCUGAAUGAAAUGACUGAGCCGCGAGUUGAGGACCAAUGAAAUCAGAUUCCCUUCCUCUUGCAAAUAUUUAGUCAUCAUCCCCUUCAUUUGAGGACAACGACUGAUUAAAUAUUGUAUUCAUCAAAAGUUUUAUUUUAUUUUUUAUGUUACAUGGUAAUGACAGAAUGCAUUUUAAAUGUUAUGCAAUGUAACACUUUUGUAUGACUUUAAAAAAUAUAUAUUGAUAGGAGUGGGAAGAAAAGGUACUUGUGCAUUGAUAAGCACCCCAAAGACGGCAUUAUCAAUAAGUAAUAAAAUAAAGACGGCACUUCUAAAAGCUUAUUUUACACCAUAGCCUGCUGAAUUUGCAAGAGAACUUUUCUUUCAUUUUGAUUUCGACACAAAUGAAAAUGUGGGACUGACUCAUCCAUAGAUUGAUGUUUCAGCUCAGUGUUCGACUAGCCAAGCGCGACAUGCACACGCAGUUACAAGCCUGAGAGUUAGCGGCAGGCGGACAAACAAUAUCCACCGUCGUAGUACGGGUGAAGCCUGAGCUGGAAUGUGAAGCUAACUGAAGCUGAUUAGCUUUAGAAAACCCUGGGUAGAUCUAGCUUGCAUUGUUGGAUACCUCUCUGGGCUCAGUAGACAGGUGAUCAUUGCAGCUGAAAGCAGCUGGAUUCUAACGGUGUUCAGUGGAGCCGCUCGUCCCAUCCACUUCCCUUCAGCCAGACAAGGUUACACUGAGCGGGCUGCAAAUGAGAUGCUAAGUGCUUCUAGCCUGGUUCCUCUCUCGCUCCCAUUGUUUUGUUUUAUCCAGCAACCAUCACCAUGUUGUCACAUUUGGUUGGGGUUGUAUGUUUUUAUCUUUUUUUGAAUGUUUAGCCGUAGAGGCUCUCUGUGUGAAUGCUGAAACGCGCCCAGUCGGAACUGGUGGCGCCCGAGUUACUGUGUAAAAAUUGAAUUGAGAGUGGUAUACGGGAAUAGGAGUUUGAAGGAAGGGGAGGGGUGAGGUCCUGUGUAGCUCAGUUGGUAGAGCAUGGCGCUUGCAAUGCCAGGAUUGUGGAUUCAAUUCCCAUGGGGGGCCAGUAUGAAAAAAUGUAUGCACUCACUAACUGAGGUCGCUCUGGAUAAGAGCGUCUGCUAAAUGACUAAAAUAUCAUGUGAUGUGGCUACACCCUGCCUGGGCAAUUAAGGGCUUUAGAUGCCCUGAUGAGUUGCUAGCGAACACCUCACCGCUGGAGAGGAGUGUUUUCCUCUCCUCUGUCAGUAAAAUAAAUGAUCUAAUGCUCAUUCCUCUAUCCCCCUCUGGUCACAGACACACCAUGAAGCAUUACAGAAAGGGGGAGUGAGGGAAAGAGAGAAAAAAAACAGACAAACAGGGAGAGUGAUAAAUAAAACCAAAUAUCAUUUUGUUCACCAAAAGCCUGAAAAAAUACAUAAUUAUUUGAAAUCGUUGAUUUUGUGGUACAGAAUGACAUCACUCAACAUCCCCAUGUGUAGUGCCACUGACAGUAAGCCAACCACCCAAGUGUGACAUUCAGCUCAAAGCCGUAGCCUAUAGCUAGCAGUGUCCCAUGUACCUCUCUUCAGUUCUAUUUCUGUAAAUGCUCCCAGAGUAUUUUUAGAUGCUGCUGUAGCUUCAAAGCUCCUCUUUAAGUGUGUGUGUGCGUGCGUGCGUAUGUGCACACAAAGUGACAGUUGUUCGGCUCGUUAGGGAGGUGAUAUUAAAAGCAGAAGAAUAAAAAGCCUUUUGAUGAAUGAACAAUAAACCGUUGUAACCCUGUGGUCUGUGUAAUGAGGACCGAUCUUUAGAGAGGAGAGGAGGCCUCUCUGAUCUCACGUCAUUUAUGGAAGUGAUUGAUUGUUCCUGAGUCAUUUGGAAAUGAAUUAGGAAUGCAAUGCGCUGUCUGAUGUAAGAGGGCUCUGGUCAAAGACAUUGGUUUAGCUAGGAAAGACCAAUCAAAGCCCUGAAGAUUUGGAAUCAAUUGUAUUCUCUCUGAAGCCUCUUCUAUCGCUCAACCUCUCUUAAUGAUCUAUUUCUCCUUUCUUGUCUUCCAAUCUAUCCCCUAUUUCUCCUCUGUUCACCCUUGUCCAUUUCAUUUGACUGUGUGUGUGCAUGUGUGUGUAAAUAUGGAUGUGUGUGCAUUUGUACAUGAAUGCAACAUGGAUGUGUCCUCCACCCAUCCAAUCCUCCCCCACCCUGAACCACCCACCCUCCCCACACAGGCGAUGCUCUGCUAAAGCACAAUGGGAUGAAGUUCACCACCAAAGACAAGGACAACGACCACUCGGAGAACAACUGUGCCUCCUUCUACCACGGUGCCUGGUGGUACCGUAACUGCCACACAUCUAACCUGAAUGGACAGUACCUCCGCGGGCAGCACACCUCCUAUGCCGACGGCAUCGAGUGGUCCACCUGGACCGGCUGGCAGUACUCCCUCAAGUUCUCUGAGAUGAAGAUACGACCCACUCGCGACGAGAGCAAA